UGCCUUAAUAAAUUCGAUAUAAAAAAAAAUAACGGAGUGCUGUGAAAAUACUACAUUGGACUUAAAGGUAAUGAUUCCCUAACUUACACUUAGAGGACUUGAGUCGCACUGAAGAAUGAAACGAUGUCUGGAACGUCAUUUAUUUAUGUACAGUGGAAAGAGGACAGGACCAGUAACUGAGCACAGACGACUCUUAAUUGUACGGGUAGAGAUCGAGUCUGAUAGAGAACUUUCGAUCUGGAACAACCCAGAAAUAUCUACUUGCUGAUACUGGACACGUCUAAUGGUGACAACUAGCAAACAUCAAUGAGGCGAAUAGUUACACAGAGUCUUGGUGGAAGUUUGGCAUUGUUCUGUUUGGUAGCACAGUUUACAGAAUGCUUGUCAGCCCAGAGACCCAACAUUGUUGUUAUUGUGGCAGAUGAUCUGGGUUGGAAUGAUGUGAGUUUCCAUGGCUCUGACCAGAUUCCAACACCAAAUAUAGAUGCCCUGGCAUAUGGAGGCAUUAUUCUGAACAACUACUAUGUUUCUCCAAUAUGCACACCUACACGAGGUGCUUUAAUGUCAGGAAGACACCCCAUACAUACUGGUUUACAAAGAGGGGUAAUAGUGGGUGCUGCAAAAUAUGGGCUUCCACUAGAAGAAAAGAUUAUGCCCCAGUGGUUUCAACAACUAGGAUAUAGAACCCAUAUGGUUGGAAAGUGGCACUUGGGGUUCUAUGCCUGGGAUUUUACACCAACGUAUCGUGGGUUUGAAAGCCACUAUGGCUAUUUGCUAGGACAUGGCGAUUAUUUUGAUCAUAUGACUGAGUGUACACCUUGGCACCUGGGAAUGUUUGCGGAACAAUAUUUGCCGACAUUGCGAGGGUUCGAAUCUCAUUAUGGGUACUACCAGGGGUGUGAAGAUUAUUUUGACCAUACCUAUGAAGCUAAUCCAGAAUACUGGGGAGUAGACUGGAGACGGAAUUUAGAUCUGAUACGAAAUGAAACCAACUUGUAUUCUACUGAUCUGUUUACCGUAGAGGCUGUCAACAUAAUCAACAAACAUGAUACCUCCCAGCCAUUGUUUUUGUAUCUACCACACCAAGCUGUACACAGUGGAAAUACUGGAGGGGAUCCCUUACAGGCUCCACAACACUAUGUUGACAGAUUUCUACAUAUAAAAAAUUAUCACAGGAGGUUGUUUGCUGGUAUGGUUGCAGCGCUAGAUGAUUCAAUAGGAACUGUUGUGAAGACAUUAGAAUCCCGUGGCAUGAUGAAUAACACAAUUAUAAUGUUUACUACAGACAAUGGAGGACCAGCCAAUGGCUUUGACGCUAAUGCUGCUAACAACUUUCCUUUGAGAGGUGUUAAGGCUACUCUUUGGGAAGGAGGUGUAAGGGGUGUUGGUUUUAUUCACAGCCCCUUACUGAAGAAGCAGGGAUACGUGUAUAACAACAUGCUUCAUGUUUGUGACUGGCUCCCGACUCUUUACAAAGCUGCAGGCGGGAGUCCUAGUGUUAUGAAAAAUCUUGAUGGGUACGAUCACUGGGAAUCACUGUCUGAUAAGAGGAAAGGAAAACGUAAGGAGAUCUUACAUAACAUUGACCCUAAAGGACAAGGUCAUUCAGGACUUCGGGUCGGAGAUUAUAAAAUACUGGUCGGAGAUGUUGGCAUGAGUUGGGACGACUGGUACCCUCCCUGGCAGAAUCCAGCUGAUACUGAAUUACUACACAUAAACAAUACACAGAAAUAUGGCCAUUUUCUCAACAAAAAAGAGUCAGCGGUUGUUGAUAGACAUGCUAAGUACUUUAAUAAGAUGGUGGCAAGUAAUAUGGGUUAUGAAAUGGAAAUUGAUUUUGACAAUGAAGAUGCUGAUAAAGUCAGCCCCAUGACAGACUCGUAUUACCACAAAGGAGCACCUGUCAGAGUGGACUGUGGUCCAAAACCUUUCAACGCAUCAACAAACUGUGAUCCCCGGAAAUCUCCAUGCUUGUUUCAUAUUCCCUCAGAUCCUUGUGAGUACAACAACAUAGCUGAGCAGAACAAGGACCUAGUCAUUCAGAUGCUCACAAGACUUAUGCACUAUGAAAACACUAUGGUCCCACCCCUUAAUGGCCCUGAAGAUCCAGCUGGAAACCCCAAAUACCAUGAUGGUGCCUGGGUCCCUUGGGUUAAACUGUGAUAACAUUAUAUCAGUAUAAUCACAUGACACACAUUCCACUAUAGAUUUUUAUGUAGAGCAUAAUAAUAUCCCUACUCAAUUAAACUGAAGUCUGUUGUAUAUUGGUUUGAACUUUGACACUCGUGUGACUGUCUUUCGGCACCUUUGUUCAUGUCUUAGAUUAAUACCCAUUGUUGUGUCUCAUUGUAAUAUGUAGUUUUUGAAUGCCAGAGAAAGUUUCAGGUUUGAAUAUUUGAACAUAUCUCUUCAUAAAAUACCGCAUCACAGAAAUUGUCAGGCAUAAAUUUAAUCUUUACCAAAAUAGCAAUAUUUCAGAUUUAUUGUUGUCUUGGUAACCAAUACAAACUGCCUUAGUAUUUUUCUGAAAGCAGUGCCAACAUCUUAAUUUUCUAAAUCUAAAUUCUAAACUGCCCCCAUGCCUGAGCAAAUGAGGUCACUGACUCAUACUUUUGUCCAGACUACUGUAUUCUUGAUUUCAGGCAAAGGCUUUAAAUCAUUAGCUCACCUGAGCCAAAGGCUCAUGGUGAGCUAUUGUGAUCACUCAACGUCCGUCAUCCAUCCGUCUGUCCACACUUUCCUUUAAACAACAUCUCCUCCUAAACCAAGCCAAUUUUGAUGAAACUUCACAGGGAUGAUCCUUGGAUGGUCUUCCUUAAAAUUGUUCCAAGAAUAUACAGAACUCUGGUUGCCAAGGCAACCGAAAGGAAAAACUUCAAAAAUCUUCUUGUCCAAAACCACAAGGCCUAGGGCUUUGAUAUUUGGAAUGUAGCAUCAUCUAGUGGGCCUCUACCAAGAUCAUUCAAAUUAUCCACCUAGGGUCAAAUAUGGCCCAACCCCGGGGUCACAUGGUUUAUAUAGACUUAUAUAGGGAAACACUUCGAAAAUCUUUUUGUCCAAAACCAUAAGGCCUAGGGCUUUGAUAUUUAGUAUGUAGCAUCAUCUAGUGGGCCUCUACCAAGAUUGUUCAAAUGAUCUCCCUAGGGUGAAAUAUGGUCCCGCCCAGGGGUAGUGGGGGGGGGGGGGGGUAGUCACAUGGUUUAUAUAGACUUGUAUAGGAAAAAACUUUAAAAAUCUUCUUGUCUGAAACCACAAGACCUAGGCUUUUGAUAUUUGGUAUGUAGCAUGGCUUGUGGUUCUCUACCAAGAUUGUUCAAAUUAUUACCCUGGGGUGAAAAGAGGCCCUGCCACGGGGGCCCUCAAGUUUUACAUAGACAUAUAUAGGAAAAAACUAUACAAAUUUUCUUGUCUGAAAUUGCAAGGCAUAGGCUUUUGAUAUUUGGUAUGUUGCAUUACCUAGUGGUCCUCUACCAAGAUUAUUCAAAUUAUGCCCCCCCCCACCCCCCGAGUUGAAAAGAAGCCCCACCCAGGGGGUCCCAAGUUUUACAUAGACUUGCAUAGGAAAAACUUUAAAAGUCUUCUUGCCUGAAACUGCAAGGCCUAUGCUUCUGAUAUUUGGUAUGUUGCAUUGACUAGUGGUCUACAACCAAAAUUGUUCAAAUUAUACACCUGUGGUGAAAAGAGGCCCCACUCGGGGUCACUUGAUGUACGAGUUAUAUAGAUAAAAAUACUUCAAAAAGUAUCAGAUCAUAUUUCCUAGACUGUUAAAUUAUAAUUACUUGAUAACCCGAAGCAAUUAGGGUUCACUUGACUGUGACCUUGACCUACUGACCUACUUCGUUUUUAAGAUACAGUCUUGAAAUUUGGAUGACAUGUGCAGUUUUGCACAUCGAUCUUACAACUCUUUCAGUGACCAUGAAUGUGACCCACUGUCCUACUUUCUAAUAUUUUAGCAUCAGUUUGCCAUUUUAAACAUGUGGUUCAUAUUACUCAGGUGAGCGAUUCAGGGUCAUCAUAACCCUCUUGUUAGCUCACCUAUGACAAAGUGACAAGGUCAGCUAUUGUGACCGCUUGAUGUCCGUCGUGUGUAGUGCGUCGUCCAUCGUCGGUCGUCCGUCAACAAUUUGUAACAAAAAUCUUCUUCUUGAAAACCACUAGGCAGAAUUACACCAAACUUCACAGGAAUGAUCCUUGGGUGGCCCCCUUUCAAAGUUGUUCAAAGAAUUGAAUUCAAUGCAGAACUCUGCCACCCAAAGGAAAAACUUUAAAAAUCUUCUUGUCAAAAAACACAGGGCCUAGGGCUUUGAUAUCUGGUGUGUAGCAUCAUCUAGUGGUCCUCUACCAAAAUUGUUCAAAUUAUCCCCCUAGGGUCAAAUAUGGCCCUGCCCCAGGGGUCACAUGGUUUAUAUGGACUUAUAUAGGGAAUACUUUGAAAAUCUUCUUGUACAAAACCACAUGGCCUAGGGCUUUGAUAUUUGGUAUGUAGCAUCAUCUAGUGGUUCUCUACCAAGAUUGUUCAAAUUAUCUCCCUAGGGUCAAAUAUUGCCCCACCCUGGGGGUCCCAAGUUUUACAUAGACUUAUAUAGGAAAAUCUCUAAAAAAAAUCUUCUUCUUGAAAACCACUGGGCAGAAUCACACCAAACUUCAUACGAAUGAUCCUUGGAUGGCCCCCUUUCAAAAUUGUUCAAAGAAUUGAAUUCCAUGCAGAACUCUGGUUGCCAUGGCAACCGAAAGGAAAAACUUUAAAAAUCUUCUUGUCCAAAACCGCAGGGCCUAGGGCUUUGAUAUCUGGUGUGUAGCAUCAUCUAGUGGUCCUCUACCAAAAUUAUUCAAAUGAUCCCCCUAGGGCCAAAUAUGGCCCGCCCCGGGGGUCACAUGGUUUAUAUAGACUUAUAUAGGGAAAACUUUGAAAAUCUUCUUGUAAAAACCCACAUGGCCUAGCGCUUUGAUAUUUGGUAUGUAGCAUUAUCUAGUGGUCCUUUACCAAGAUUGUUCAAAUUAUCCCCCUAGGGUCAAAUAUGGCCCCACCCCGGGGGUCCCAAGUUUUACAUAGACUAAUAUAGGAAAAAAAGUUUAAAAAUCUUCUUGUCUGAAACCACAACACUUAGACCUUUGAUAUUUGGUUUUUUGCAUUGUCUCAUGGUCCUCAACCAAAAUUGUUCAAAUUGUACCCCUUGGGUGAAAAGAGGCCCUGCCCUGGGGGUCCCAAGUUUUAUAUAGACAUAUAGGAAAAAGCUUUAAAAAUCUUCUUGUCUGAAACCAUACAACAUAGGCUUUUGAUAUUUGGUAUGAUGCAUUGUCUAGUAGUCCUCUACCAAAAUUAUUGAAAUUAUGCCCCUGAGGUUAAAAGAGGCCCCGCCCUGGGGUCACUUAGUUAUUUGUUAGUUAAUUAUAUUGGAAAAAUACUUAAAAAAUUAUCUGAUCCUAUUUCCAAGACUGUUUAAGUAUAAUUACCUGAUGACCCCGAGUACUAUGAUGUCACUUGACUGUGACCUUGACCUACUGACCUACUUUCUUGUUUUUUAGCUCACCUGUCACAAAGUGACAAGGUGAGCUUUUGUGAUCGCGCGGUGUCCGUCGUCCGUCCGUCCGUGCGUCCGUAAACUUUUGCUUGUGACCACUCUAGAGGUCACAUUUUUCAUGGGAUCUUUAUGAAAGUUGGUCAGAAUGUUCACCUUGAUGAUAUCUAGGUCAAGUUCGAAACUGGGUCACGUGCCAUCAAAAACUAGGUCAGUAGGUCUAAAAAUAGAAUAACAUUGUGACCUCUCUAGAGGCCAUAAUUUUCAAUGGAUCUUCAUGAAACUUGGUCAGAACGUUCACCUUGAUGAUAUCUAGGUCAAGUUCGAAACUGGGUCACGUGCGGUCAAAAACUAGGUCAGUAGGUCUAAAAAUAGAAAAACCUUGUGACCUCUCUAGAGGCCAUAUAGUUCACAAGAUCUUCAUGAAAGUUGGUCUGAAUGUUCACCUUGAUGAUAUCUAGGUCAAGUUCGAAACUGGGUCACUUGCCAUCAAAAACUAGGUCAGUAGGUCAAAUAAUAGAAAAACCUUGUGACCUCUCUAAAGGCCAUAUUUUUCAUUGGAUCUGUAUGAAAGUUGGUCUGAAUGUUCACCUUGAUGAUAUCUAGGUCAAGUUUGAAACUGGGUCACGUGCCAUCAAAAACUAGGUCAGUAGGUCUAAAAAUAGAAAAACCUUGUGACCUUUCUAGAGGCCAUAUAUUUCACAAGAUCUUCAUGAAAAUUGGUCAGAACGUUCACCUUGAUGAUAUCUAGGUCAAGUUCGAAACUGGGUCACGUGCCUUCAAAAAAUAGGUCAGUAGGUCAAAUAAUAGAAAAACCUUGUGACCUCUCUAAAGGCCAUAUUUUUCAUGGGAUCUGUGUGAAAGUUAGUCUGAAUGUUCAUCUUGAUGAUAGCUAGGUCAAGUUCGAAACUGGGUCACGUGCGGUCAAAAACUAGGUCAGUAGGUCUAAAAAUAGAAAAACCUUGUGACCUCUCUAGAGGCCAUAUAUUUCAUGAAAUCUUCAUGAAAAUUUGUCAGAAUGUUCACCUUGAUGAUAUCUAGGUCAGGUUCGAAAGUGGGUCACGUGCCAUCAAAAACUAGGUCAGUAGGUCAAAUAAUAGAAAAACCUUGUGACCUAACUAGAGGCCAUAUUUUCCAUGGGAUCUGUAUUAAAGUUGGUCUGAAUGUUCACCUUGAUGAUAUCUAGGUCAGGUUUGAAAGUGGGUCACGUGCCAUCAAAAACUAGGUCAGUAGGUCAAAUAAUAGAAAAACCUUUUGACCUCUCUAAAGGCCAUAUUUUUCAAUGGAUCUUCAUGAAAGUUUGUCUGAAUGUUCAUCUUGAUGAUAUCUAGGUCAAAUUCGAAACAGGGUCAUGUGCGGUCAAAAACUAGGUCAGUAGGUCUAAAAAUAGAAAAACCUUGUGACCUCUCUAGAGGCCAUACUUGUGAAUGGAUCUCCAUAAAAAUUGGUCAGAAUGUUCACCUUGAUGAUAUCUAAGUCAAGUUCGAAAGUGGGUCACGUGCCAUCAAAAAGUAGGUCAGUAGGUCAAAUAAUGAAAAAACGUCGUGACCUCUCUAGAGGCCAUAUUUUUUCAAUGGAUCUGUAUGAAAGUUGGUCUGAAUGUUUAUCUUGAUGAUAUCUAGGUCAAGUUUGAAACUGGGUUAACUGCGAUCAAAAACUAGGUCAGUAGGUCUUGAAAUAGAAAAACCUUGUGACCUCUCUAGAGGCCAUACCCUUGAAUGGAUCUUCAUGAAAAUUGGUCAGAAUGUUCACCUUGAUGAUAUCUAGGUCAAGUUUGAAACUGGGUCACGUGCCUUAAAAAACUAGGUCAAUAGGUCAAAUAAUAGAAAAACCUUGUGACCUCUCUAGAGACCAUAUUUUUCAAUGGAUCUUCAAGAAAAUUGGUCAGAUUUUUUAUCUUGAUAAUAUCUAGGUCAAGUUCAAAACUGGGUCACAUGAGCUCAAAAACUAGGUCACUAUGUCAAAUAAUAGAAAAAACGACGUCAUACUCAAAACUGGAUCAUGUGGGAAGAGGUGAGCGAUUCAGGACCAUCAUGGUCCUCUUGUUUAAUAUACAGCCUUGAUAUUUUGAUGACAUACACAGUUUUGCACACGAAUUGUAAAACUGAAUUUCAUUGACCAUGAAUAUGACCUACUGACUUUCUUAAUAUUUUAUCAUCAGUUUGACAUUUGAAACAUGGAGCUCAUAUUACUCAGGUGAGCGAUCCAGGGACAUCAUGACCCUCUUGUUUUUGCUUGGAGACUGAGUUAAGUUGUCAAGCCAAAGAUUCUGUGUUGUUUUUAAAACACAUUAAAUUUUAUAGAAUCUCUUUCUGUUGUUUUAAGGAUGCUUUACAUGCUCUUGAUAUUGUUGUAUAUGUAUACUGCGUCAUUUAUUUUCAUAAAGAAAAAUAGACUUAGGUAAAAGAGGAA